UGUAGGCCUCGAUCAUCAACUAGGUACGAACAUUACUACUACUGGUUCUUAAUCCUAUGCUUCCUUCGUAGCCUAUCAGCGCGGGCCUGGUACGCGGCAAUGACAAUAAUCUGUAGCCAUAGCUACUACUUUCAGCUUAAUGUCUACAUGAAUUUCUUGUAAAGCGGUUCUUACUCCAAGACAAUGGCACGACAUACCCCGAUGUAAAUGGAUCUGGUGAACAGGAUGGUAAUGAUGAGGGGUGGAUUCUAGCUGAAAACAACGAUGGGACUUCCAAAGCGAUCCGUCGCAACCUCAUCAUGCAUGGGCGGCGGCAUGCUAGACAAGCACAAGGCGACGCUAGGGAUUCCCCUCGCUAGCCGUCACAAAACUCAGUUCAACGUCGGGGCCCCCAAGAGUACGAAUCCACGGAUAGUCGCCAUAAAUAAAUUGUGGCGUUUGGAGUGAGUCGACCGGGCGUUUUUCCAAUCCCGUGAAGGCAUCUUUAUUCGUAGGUUCUAAGUAGCAUCGGGAACUAACAGGAUGAAUAUACUGGUAUCGCGAUUUACAGCUUGGUGCUUAUAUCAAGGAGUCGACAGAAACACGUCUAGUCAUGGAAUGAAUGUCUUGUAUUGGGAACAGUGUUGCCAAAUAGUUCGUACUAAUUAAUAUACAAUAUUUGGUGUUCUCCAAAGUUG